AUGGUCCAGACUCUUUUCGAUUACCUGACCCAGCCUAACGCACAAUUGGUGGUCCAUAUUUCAGCAUCGCCUACAUAUACUCAGAAUGAAGGAUGGGCCCCAGUCGAGGCAAUCAAACGAUGGGAGGACUUUGACCACGCGAGCCUCACCAAGCGAUAUCGCCAGUCUCUAGACGCAGACACAAGGCUGACCAGCACUGUGGAGGCCGCCGAGGAAGCUGCCCAUGGCGUUAUUCACGACGAAACAGCACUGACCAUGCUCCUUGGGAGCACAAAUAUCAACAUGGUAUCUCGCGCUCUUCCUGGGUCAUUGUUUCUCUCUGCCGGAUCGCGAAUCAUCGCAUAUCCUGGUGUUCGACCCGAUUGGGGUGCUGGGGAGUCCAACAUCCAUUACACCUCUCCAAGUCGCAUCUGUCAAGCACUCGUCUGCGGGGACACCAAGGUGGGCUGGGACGUUGGACGUGCGAUGCGCUUGGUAGGUGAUGGCGACUACGAGGAACAGCCCGAUGCUCACUUGGUCCGACCCUUUGAACAAAUCCAGCACUAUUGUACCGUAUACGGCACGCGAUAUGGAUUCAUCCUGACAGACGAGUUUGUUGUCCUUGUCCGGGUGAAACUUUCACCCCCGGCGUCCAAACAAAGGGCCUCCAGGCCACCGAGGCAGACCAUGCCGGAAAGCCAUCGACGAGUGCGGUCGGACACGUCCACCAGUACCAACGUGUCGGACGUUUCGGACUCAUUUAGCGCGAUGUCAUUCCGACCAAAGCCACAAGAUGAGGAUGUGGCUGCAUUAGAGGUGAAGAUAGUCCCGUGGGAUCAUGGAAGCUCGGAGGAGACUAUUAACAUCGCUCUUUACUUUAUAAUUCGGCUGGCAAGUGAAAGCCGAGAACUGUCCCAUCACUAUGAGUCAUUCGAUAUCGAUGUGAAAGUUCAGGGCAAGGAGAAACGGAAGAGGCCAGACGAUAGCCAUGAGAAAUCGUCUGGGGGGAAGUUGAAGAAGCCGUGA